AUAAUCUGUCCUGUCUCUCCGGAGCCAUCCGCCCAGGGCAACUUCAAAGGAGGCUCGAGUGUCGGCAAAAUCUGGGCACAGAGCCCUGCUUCGGAGGCAUCAGCGGCUGCACAGCGACAAACGAAACAGCCAGAGGAUCUUGGGGCCGGGCAGCGUCUGUGAAGGGAAAUCUGUGGGUUGAGACUCUGCGUCAGGACUGAGAGUGGAGACGAGCAGAUGGAACCGCCUCCUUCAGCAGCACCUACUAUGAGCUCCGAAUACAAUGACAAGAUGACCCCCGUCCACAACGAGGUGUCUGCUGCCUCGAGAGGACCUGACCCCACCUGUGCCAGCACAAGGAUGGAGGAACCUCAGGAAGGUAUGGCUGUAACUAACCAGAAUCUUGACAAUUCACCCCAAGAGGUACCACCCAGUUACACGAGCAACUCUGAAAUGUUCCACCAGAGUCUAGACGAUCAGAAAGUCCAGCGUCACUUCAUCAGAAAGGUGUUUGUGAUUCUGGGUGUACAGUUGCUCUUCACCUUUGGUCUGGUCUGCGCCUUCACCUUCUCAUCAGACAUCAAGCUCUUUGUCCAGAAAACCCCAGCGAUAUACUAUCCCUCCUUCGCAGUCUUCUUUGUCACCCUCAUCACUCUGACCUUCUGCAAAAGCGUUCAGCGCCGAUACCCUUGGAACAUCAUCUGCCUGGCCUUCCUGACCCUCAGCCUCUCCUACAUGGUCGCUAUGGUAGCCUCCUACAAUGACAUCACCUCUGUUAUGAUUGCUCUGGGCAGCACGGUGGCUGUGUGUCUCGGCAUCAUCCUCUUCUGCAGUCAGACCCGGCUCGACUUGACCUGCUGUUAUGGCUUCCUCCUGGUCUUUUCGAUUGUGGUUUUCAUGUUCGGAUUCUUCUGCAUCUUCUUCUACAACCAAGUACUGCAAGUGGUCUAUGGGUCCUUGGGAGCUCUGCUCUUCUCGCUGUUUCUGGCUGUUGACAUCCAGCUCGUACUGGGCAACAACCAGCUUGAGCUGAGCCCCGAAGAUUAUGUCCUUGCUGUACUGAUCCUCUACUUGGACAUCAUCAACAUCUUCAUUUACCUGCUGAUGAUCAUGGGCGUCACACGGCAGUAGGGGAAGAGGUCCUGAGAUCAGCAGUGUGGAGAGGGAGACUGGUCUAACCACAGAGGGCAUGUUGUGCACUUCAGGGGACUGGCAUAUUGGGAUGCUGCAGCCUUUCCUACACCCCAAACCCAAUGGGCACCUCUGCUGCACCUUCCUCUUCCCUCCCACUCGCUUCCAAUCCAACCUGCUUCCUCCCCACCUACCCCAUCCCUCACCUAGCUUAAGUGCAGCAAAACUGUCUUAUCAUUAAUAAAGU